AUGAGGUUGACAAGAUAUCUUUCUGUUGCUACUGUCCUGCUAACCGCAAAUGCCGCCGACUGCACGGCACCAAAUCAACAGUGGUUUAGCGAUGCCGCGGUCCAAAUGAUGUGGUCAAUCCGGGCUUGGCUCUGCCCCAAUGCGUGGUCGCAAUCCAUCACGGCCGGUCCAGAUGGCGGUUGGUGUGAUGCAGGUGGCGGUAUCAUUAGUGCCUACUGGGGAUCCUGGACGAUCUCUGGGAUGCAAUCCGAGCAACAAUGUUGGGAUAUUACCGAGGAAAUCAUCAAGCAGUGCAUGUGGUAUGAUUAUGCUUCCACGAGCUACAACGGCGGAAGCUGGACAUACGGCAAUAUCUAUGCGGGCGGAUGGUUCUGGGCCGAUACAAGCAGAAGUUGUUCACAUGCAGUGAAACGGGAUGUGAUGAUGGAGAACGAUGGACAUAUCAAUUUCACCCUUGCAGAUGGGAGCACGCAGACGGUGGAUAGGCAGGUCUGGCUUGAUGUCACUGCGGAAGGAAUGACUGUCGUCAGGGAGGAGACUUAUACUUGA